AUGCUGUCACCUCUUUUCGAUUUCCAGAGACCCGUCAUUCUGGUCGGUGUUUUAGGCACGAUCGUGUUGGCUGCAAAAUAUGCUAAAUGGCGGUCCCAGACAAAAGAUGAACUAAAAUCUAUGGGCGAUUUGUUCUCGCUUUUCGAGGCACUAAUAUCUACAUUCAGAAAGCGUGUCAAGGCCUGGAGAUUUCUCAUACAAGGUCCCACGCUUAUCGCAGAUGCCUACAAAAAGGCUAAUGGAGCACCUUUCUCUCUGGAUGUUCCAGAAAAUCGCUAUCACUUCGUUUCGACCUGGGAACACAUUGAAGAGAUCAAUGCUGUUCCAGAUACAGUACUCUCAUUAACAGCCGCAGCAAAGGAGAUUCUUCAGCCUCAGUAUACCAUGCACAAUUUUGAUUGGGCGAACUCCAGAGGUCGAGAUUCAGUGCCCCUAAAUCGAACAUUGAGAACUUACCUAACCAAUUAUUUGCCAAAUCUGAUGCCAGAGGUCCGUCGCCAUUUAAGAGCUAUUUUUGAUCGGCAUAUCUUGUCAGGGCCGCUCAAAAAUGGUUUCUUCUCCCCUAAACUUUUCCCUAUGUUGGUCGAGUGUAUCGCCCACUCCAACAUUAUGUCAUUCUUCGGUGAAGAACUAGUCCAGAAUCCGGAGUUUAUGAAAGCUGGGGUAGGAUUUAUCGAAACAACACUCAUCAUAUCAGAGGUGGUACGAGUGCUACCACAAGCGAUUUCUCCUACUGUUGGACGAUUCCUGUCCCGGACGUUCAAUUCUCAAAAUGUUAUCUUUGACACAUUGAUGCCACUUGUGGAACUGAGACUUGAGGAAAGAGAACGGAAAAAGCAAGGAUAUGAAGUACCCGAACAUAAUGACUGUAUCCAAUGGAUCAUCAAUGGUACAACAAGGCCUUGGGCGGCUGAACGAGUGGUACAUGAGCUAAUCGCUCUCUGGUUUGGUUCAGUACACAUCACCUCCACGACCGCGUGCUUUGUGCUGCAUGACCUGUGUCUCCACCCCGAAUACAUUCCUAUACUGCGUAAGGACAUCGAGAGGUCGGGAUGGGGGUCAUUUGACCAAUCCAAAGGGCAAGAAUUCCCAUUGCUCGAUAGCUUCAUGAAGGAAUCCUCUCGCUUGAAUCCGGUCGAAGCCAUGAGCACACGACGUAUAGCUCUCAAACCGUUCGAACUAUCCGGUGGCCACAAAGUCCCAGUCGGCGAAUGGGUAUGCACUGCUCCUAAAGCGAUGCAUCGCGAUCAAGUGUACUGGGCAAAACCCCUCGACUUUCACGGGUUCAGGUUUGUUGAGCCCAAACUCUACGACACAAUUCUCAGUGCCACUCAGUUCGAAGUGCCCGAACCUGGGAAACAAUCCGCAUUUAACGAAGUUCUCGACUGGCAGCUCUGGGGCACGGGACGUAAUGCUUGCUCUGGUCGAUUCUACGCCACAGCCUUGGUCAAGACUAUGCUAGCUCUGUUGAUAAUGAAUUACGACAUGAAGCUUGCCGACCCGAGGAGGUCCAAAAACAGUUUCGUCUGGAGGUCUUUCAUUUAUCCAUAUGCGAGCACCCCUAUAUUACUGAAGCCGCGGUCGGUUACUUUCUAG